AGACUCCUACAGAGGCCCCUGCGCGGCUUGGACCUUCCGGCUUUCCGUCCGCCGCGGUCGCCAUUGGCUGGGCUUGGCGCAGCUGACAGACGGCGGCAGUGCAAGAAAGCUGUGAGGAUGGCGGUACCGGCGGCGCUGAUCCUACGGGAGAGCCCCAGCAUGAAGAAAGCAGUGUCACUGAUAAAUGAGAUAGAUAUAGGAAGAUUUCCACGGUUGCUUACUCGGAUUCUUCAAAAGCUUCACCUGAAGGCUGAGAGCAGUUUCAGUGAAGAAGAGGAAGAAAAACUUCAAGCAGCAUUUUCUCUGGAGAAGCAAGAUCUUCACCUAGUUCUUGAAACAAUAUCAUUUAUUUUAGAACAGGCAGUAUAUCACAAUGUGAAGCCAGCCACUUUGCAGCAGCAAUUAGAGAACAUUCACCUUAGACAAGACAAAGCUGAAGCAUUUGUCAAUACGUGGUCUACUAUGGGUCAAGAAACAGUUGAAAAGUUCAGGCAGAGAAUUCUGGCUCCCUAUAAGCUAGAGACGGUUGGAUGGCAGCUUAACCUUCAGAUGGCUCACUCUGCUCAAGCAAAACUAAAAUCUCCUCAAGCUGUAUUACAACUCGGAGUGAACAAUGAAGAUUCAAAGGAUAAUUGUAAUUCUUCACAGGCAAGCACUCUAGGGGAAGUUCACACAAGUUUUAUUUGCACCAUCUCAUGUAGAUAAAUUGAAAUACUGUGCUUCUAACGCUCACGCUCUGCUAAGGGACAGACUGCCUCCUCAAGUGGGUCUCUGACUCCCAUGCCUCUUGACUGGGAGAUACCUCCCAGCAGGGAUCGACAGACACCUCAUACAGGAGAGCUCUGGCUGGCAUCUGGUGGGUGCCUUUAUGGGACUAAGCUUCCAGAGGAAGGAACAGGCAGCAGUCUUUGCUGUUCUGCAGCCUCUGAUGGUGAUACCCAGGCUAACAAGGUCUGGAGUGGACCUCCAGCCCAGCAGACCUGCAGAAGAGGGGCCUUACUGUUAGAAGGAAGACUAACAAACAGAAAGGAUUAGCAUCAACAUCAACAUCAACAAAAAGGACGUCAAUUCAGAAACCCCAUGUGAAGGUCACAAACAUUAAAGACCAAAGGUAGAUAAGCCCAUGAAGAUGAGGAAAAAGCAGUGCAAAAAGACUGAAAAUUCUGAAAACCAGAGCGCCUCUUCUCCAAAGAAUCACAACUUCUUGCCAGCAAGGGAACAAAACUGAUGGAGAAUGAGUUUGAAAAUUGACAGAAGUAGGCUUCAGAAGAUGGAUAAUAACAAACUCCUCUGAGCUAAAAGAGCAUAUUCUAACCCAGUGCAAGGAAGCUAAGAACCUUGAAAAAAAGAUUAGAAGGGCUAACUAGAAUAACCAGUUUAGAGAAGAACAUAAAUAACCUGAUGGAGCUAAAAACAGCAUGAGAACUUCGUGAAGCAUACACAAGUAUCAAUAGCUGAAUCGAUCAAGUGGAAGAAGGAUAUCAAAGAUUGAUAAUCAACUUAAUGGAAUAAACUGUGAAGACAAGAUUAGAGAAAAAAGAAUGAAAAAGAACAAAUAAAGCCUCCAAGAAAUAUGAGACUACGUGAAAACACUAAACCUACAUUUGAUUGGUGUACCUGAAAGUGACGGGGAGAAUGGAACCAAGUUGGAAAACCCUCUUCAGGAUAUUAUCCAGGAGAACUUCCCCAACCUAGCAAGAUGGGCCAACAACUGAAAUUCAAGAAAUUGAGAGAACACCACAAAGACACUCCUUGAGAAGAGCAACCCCAGGACUUAUAAUCGUUAGAUUCACCAAGGUGGAAAUGAAGGAGAAAAUGUUAAAGGCAGUCAGAGAGAAAGGUCAGAUUACCUGCAAAGGGAAGCCCAAAAGACUAACAGCAGAUCGCUCUGCAGAAACCCUAGUGGGGGCCAGUAUUCCACAUUCUUAGAAGAAUUUUCAACCCAGAAUUUCAUAUCCAGCCAAAGUAAGCUCCAUAAGUGAAGGAGAAAUAAAAACCUUUACAGACAAGCAAAUGAUGAGGGAUUGUGUCACCACCAGGUCUGCCUUACAAGAGCUCCUGAAGGAAGCACUAAAUAUGGAAAGGAAAAACUGGUACCAGCCACUACAAAAACGUACCAAAUUGUAAAGACCAUUGACACUAUGAAGAAACUGCAUCAAGUAACAGGCAAAAUAACCAGCUAGCAUCAUGACAGGAUCAAAUUCACACAUAACAAUAUUAAUCUUAAAUGUAAAUGGGCUAAAUGUCCCAAUUAAAAGACACAGACUGGCAAAUUGGAUAGAGUCAAGACCCAUCUGUGUGCUGUAUUCAGGAGACCCAUUUCACAUGCAAAGACACACAUAGGCUCAAGAUAAAGGGAUGGAGGAAGACUUACUAAGCAAAUGGAAGGCAAAAGAAAGCAGGGGUUGCAGUUCUAGUCUCUGAUAAAACAGACUUUAAACCAACAAAGAUAAGAAAAGACAAAGAAGUGUAUUAUGUAACGGUAAAGGGAUCAAGCAACAAGAGCUAACAUAUAUGUUUAUUGCAUCACUAUUCCCAAUACAAAGGCUUGGAACUAACCCAAAUGCCCAUCAGUGAUAGACUGGAUAAAGAAAAUGUAUCAAAUAAAUAUCAUGGAAUACUGUGCAGCUAUAAAAAAGGAUGAGUUCUUGUCUUUUGCAGAGACAUGGAUGAAACUGGAAACCAUCAUUCUCAGCAAACUAACACAGGAACAGAAAAGCAAACACUGCAUGUUCUCACUCAUAAGUUGGGGUUGAACAAUGAGAACACAUGGACACAGGGAGGGGAACAUCACACACCAGCGCCUGUCAGGGUUGGGGGACUAGGGGAGGGAUAGCAUUAGGAAAAAUACCUAAAGUAGAUGAUGGGUUGAUGGUUACAGCAAACCACCAUGGCAUGUUUAUACUUAUGUAACAGACGUGCACAUUCUUCUCAGGUAUCCCAGAACUUAAAGUAUAUAUAUAUAUUUAAAAAAAAAAAACCAGAAAUGCUGUGCUUUGUUUUGUGAAUUAUGGUAUUUAAACUCAGCUGCUAGUGGUUGAUGUCCAAAAUAAGAUUUUGCUUAGUGGUAUGUCUAGAGCCUACAGAAGAAUAACCUUAAGACUGGAAAAAUAUAUCUUUCAGCCCAGCAACUUUAUAUAGUACAUAUGGUAAACUGCAUGGAAUGUUAAGGAAACCUCCAAUAUUGCCUUACCAGCUGGUAUUUUUAUAGAAAGAGGAUUUUAUUUAAUAUCUAAAUUUGGAGGGAGGUAGGAGAGGAAAGUAAAGAAAAGCUUUGGAUUAUUAAAGGAGUGGGAAAGCUAUUAUUUACACUGCUUCAGGGAUGAAAAGGAGAAAAGGAGGACUCAGAGGGAGUGAAAGAUUAUAUAAAGAAAAAUACUAUGAUGAUGCUAACUGUGUUUUGUAGGAAUAUUGAUGCUGCCUCUUUGCUUCAAAAUGUGCUACCCUGAAUUACAAGUGACCUUUAGAUUUUGAUUCUACAGAAUUAUAGGAGCUCCCUCAAAUCUGGAGCAUUUGCCCUGACUGACUAUUGCUUUGUGGUAUCUGCCCUAGGUAGGAAAUAUUUCAGUGGUUUGUCUUCAGUCCUACAGAGUUUUAGUCAGAUACUUUAGAAAACAGAGCUGAGUUCCUGUUUGAAAAGAUUUACUCACAAUGUUGUAUUGCAAAGUCAUGCCCCUAAAAGGGUAUCUUUUAGAGCCACAGCCCUGAACCAGGCUAGGAGGCAUAGAGAAGAGGAGCACAGGGCUUCUGAAUCCUGGCUAUGCAUAGAUGUAGGUUAAAAUUAAAAUAUUACUAACCUUUACUUAUCUGAGGUAGUCAGAUGUUGGAACGUGAACUCUCCAGGCUUUUUAAUAAAAUUUUUUUAAAAAGAAAAUGUUGAAAUUUCAGUGUUGCUAUUUUUACAAAAAUUUGACAUAGAAGAAUUGACUUAAUAUAAGAGGAUGUCUUUAAUAAUUUCAUGUAACAUAAACAAAUCUUUAACUUUUGCUCAUAUAGAGUGUGUAAAAUUUAAACUGCUUAAAAUAAUGGCAGCAUAGAGUAUGGAGAUUUAUAAUGUAAUUAAUACAUAUAACCCUUUCUUUUAUAUGUAUGUUAUCUUAAUAUAUAAUGAAAAUAGUAAAUAUUAAGGUUAAGGCAAAGUCAUAUAAUCUCAAUUAAUCUAACAGCUGCCUCUUGUUCCUUAUUUAUUCCAUUUUUAAAGUAGUUUACAAAUGAAAAAAUUUGUGUUAAUACCUUGGCAUUAAAUACCGGUUCUUAGAAAUCAGGAAAUUCCUAAGUUAUACUUCCUCUAGCAAUGAUAUAUCAACAUUAUUUCUAUUAGUGUAGUUAUAUUCAAUUUUCCUGUUAAGUAUAUACCUUUAAAAUGUUAUAGAAGCCAAUUUAAGCAAGUUAAUAUUAGAGUAGAAGUGUAAACUUUGGAAUUUCCUGACUUUCAACAUUUUUACUUUCCACUUUGUUUUGGUGAACUGGAUCAUGGAAUUUAAUUUACAUAGUUAGUAUAAAUAUACUUAUAUUUAAAGAGCUAGUUUUUAUUUUCAGUCAUCACAUUAUGAAUAGCUUCUUUUUAAAAAAAAUACUAAUUUUCAUCCUCUAUAAUGAGAAGUACUUAGUAUUUGAGCUCCACUUUUGAUAGCUUAAGUUUUACCUCUCCAGCUAUGAUCUAAAGUCAUUCCAAAAGUUAUGGUCUGUUCUUUGUUUUCAGUAGAGGAGUUAUAGUUUCAUUAAUUAUCCACCUUCUCCAGAUACAUUGUAGAAAUACAAAUAGAAUUGCACAUACUAACUGCAGAAGCCAAAGCAUUGGGUAUCACCUUGCUUGUUGAUCCAUGUUUUCUCCAAUUGUUUUUGGGUUUUUGUUUUGUUUUGUUUUCGUUUUUUGGAAUAAGGACAAUCAUAACACAGUAAUACAAAUUCAUUGCUUUAUUCAACAGACCUCUAUUGAAAGUUUGCCAUGUGCCGUGUACUUUUAAGAAUUGGAGAUACAGCAUUAAUCAAAGCAAAGUCCUUUUUCUCUUAGAGCAUUUAUUCUUUUUUUUUUUUUUGAGACGGAAUUUCGCUCUUGUUACCCAGGCUGUAGUGCAAUGGCGCGAUCUCGGCUCACCACAGCCUCCGCCUCCUGGGUUCAGGCAAUUCUCCUGCCUCAGCCUCCUGAGUAGCUGGGAUUACAGGCAUGCGCCACCAUGCCCAGCUAAUUUUUUGUAUUUUUAGUAGAGACGGGGUUUCACCAUGUUGACCAGGAUGGUCUCGAUCUCUUGACCUUGUGAUCCACCCGCCUCAGCCUCCCAAAGUGCUGGGAUUACAGGCGUGAGCCACUGCGCCCAGCCAGAGCAUUCAUUCUAAUAAGUGGAAAAACAAUAUUGAUUGAAUAAGUGUAUAGUCUAUCAGGUUGUGAUAAGCAGUAUGAAGAAAAAUUAAAUAGGUUAUGGAGAUGGAGACCAGUUGAGGUACUAUUUUAGACAGGGUAGUCAGGGAAGGCUUUUCUUCCUGGUAAGAUAAUAUCUAACUGGAUACCCAAAAGACAUGUACAUGUCUUAAGGAAAAACAAUACAGUAAGCAGGAACACCAGGUGCAAAGGCCCUGAGAUGGAAGUGUGUUUGCUGUAUUCCCAGGAGGAGGCUAGUGGGAAGAGAGGUUCAGAUGAUAAGGUGAGAGUAAUAAUGAGUGUGGAGGACAUGGAAUUCUGUAUUGCCUUACAGACCUUGGUAAAGACUUUGAAGGACUUUGAAUUUUCCCCAAAAAGGAUUUUGAGCAGAAAAGAUACAUGAUCUGAAUUAUCGUCUACAAGGAUCAUUAUAGCUACUGUACAGAAAACAGAUUGCAAGGGAGCAAUGAUAUAAUGGAUAGAUAAUCAAUUUGUAGGAUAACCAUUCAGUCAAGAGAUGGUAGUGGUUUACACCGGAAUGAUCAUGAUCAUGAUGGAGGUAGUGAAAGGGGAAUUCCAGAAUACUUUUAAGGUAAAGAUGGUAGGAUUUGUUUGUUAGAUAGAAAGUGUGAGAUAAAGUGAGUUAUUAGAGGUAACUCCAAAGUUUACCUGGAUAACUUGACAAUAGCGGUUUUUACAGAAGUCUUCCUGACCGUUUUUGGUUUUUCUCUAGGUAGUAGCCACUCUUACUCAAUUUUUAAUCAGAGCUAACAAUUGUCCUUUAAGUCUAUUAAUGUGUCCCAUUUUAACUUCUCUGUAAAGAAACAGUCAACUUCUUAAUGUUUAGUAGAGUUUGACACUCCUUUAAGUGAUUUAAAAAGGUAGAUUAACUUUUCUUUUAAAUAAUUGUAUCUUAUGGCAGAUAUAAUAUAGCUUGCUGACUAAGAAAUGUGGAGAACCAGUUUGCUCGGUAACAGAGCUUUUUGUGGUCUCUCAUAACUAUUUCCUUUACUUCCUGAGGGUCUUUCUAAAUGCCACAUUCAGAGUGGAAUUUUCUCACCACCUCAUUUAAAACAUUCCCCUAUUUUAUCUCUUUACCUUGUUUUAUUUGCCUCAGUUGUAUUUAUUAUAUGAUAUAUAUAUAUGUUGUUUCUUAUUUUUGUGUCUGUAUUAUCUCACUAAAAUACAGAUUUCAUAAGGGCAGUGGCUUUAAAACAACUGCUUCUGUUCAGUGGGCUGUAAUAGUAAGUUACCAUGAAUAAGUUGAACAAAUAUAUGGUUUUAAGUAGAUGUCCUUAUAUCACAUAAUGGGUGUUUCUUAAAUGGCAGCCUGAAAAGAAUAAUGGGUAUCCUUGUACAUUGCUGGUGGGAAUGAAUAUAAAAUGGGAUAGGCACUCUGGAAAACAAUAUGGCAUUUCAUAAAAAAGUUAUACAUAGAAUUACCAUAUGACCCAGCAUUGCUACUUCUGGAUGUGUACUCAAAAGAAUAGCAAGGACUCAGAUAUUUAUACACCCAUGUUUGUAGCAGCAGAAUUCACAAUAGCCAAAAGGUGGAGGCAAACCAGUUAUGCAUUGGCAGAUGCAUGGAUAAACAAAAUACGAUGUAUGCGUGCAAUGUGAUAUUCUUCAUUCUUAAAAAAGAAUGAAAUUCUGGCAUAUGCCGGAACAUGGAUGAAACUUGAAGACAUUAUGCUAAGUAAAAUAAGCCAGUCACAAAAGGACAAAUGUUGUAUGAUUUUAUUUUAUGAGUUACACAGAGUAGUCAAAUUCAUAGAGACAGAAAGUAGAAUGGUAGUUGCUAGAGGCCAGGGAGAAUAAGGAAUAGAGUUAUUGUUUAAUGGAAAAACAGCUUCAGUUAAAGAAGAUGAAAAUGUUGAGAUGGAUAGUGGUGAUGGUUGCACAACAAUAUGAAUGUACCUGAUGCCACAGAACUGUAUACUUAAAAAUGGUUAAUUUGGUAAAUUUUAUGUAUAUUGUACCACAAUUUAGAAAAAAAAAAAAAGUUCUGAGCUUGAAUCUCAUGUUGACCUUGUUGGCUUUCUGGACUUAUUCACUGUUUGUUAGUUGGUUGGUUGGUUUGCUUGUUUAUUUGCUUGCUUGUUUGUUUUUUUGAGACAGAUUCUCUCUGUCUCCCAGGCUGGAGUGCAGUGGCACCAUCUUGACUCACUGCAACCUCCAUCUACAGGGUUCAAGUGAUUCUCAUGUCUCAGCCUCCCAAGUAGCUGGAUUACAGGCAUCUACUACCAUGUCAAAAUAAUUUUUUCUAUUUUUAGUAGAGACGGGGUUUCACUGUGUUGGCCACUCGACUGGACUCAGAUUCCUGUACUCGAAUUCCUGGCUUCAAGUGAUCUGCCCACCUUGGCCUCCCAAAGUGUUGGGAUUACAGGUGUGAGCCACCAUGCCUGGCCUUUCUGCUCUAGGCUUUUACAUAGAAUCGAAUCUGAAACAUUUAAUCUAACAUCGACUGACAUGCGGGUUUGCCACUAUUAUUCCAAGUUCUUUAAUUUUGUACGUCUUCAUUUUAAAGUCCUUAAGCUCAUGUUGUUAAUGGUAUUUUCCUAAUGUUUUACUUUAUCAUGUAUAUAAAAUUCUUACUUUAAAGUCUUAAAUUCCACUUUCUGAUAUUGAGGUUCUAUAAGUAGUCUUAAUGGGUGUACAUAUAAUAGUUACCCAGUAAGUUACAUGAAUAAGUUGACAUGGUGGUUUACACCUGUAUUUCCAGCAUUUUGGGAAACCAAGGCAGGAGGAUCACUUGAGCCCAAGAAUUGGAGACCAGCCUGGGAAACGUGGCAAAUCCUGUUUCUACAAAAAAAUACAAAAAUUAGCCAAGUGUGAUGUUGUGUGCCUGUAGUCCCAGCUACUCAGGAGGUUGAGGUGAGAGGACCACUUGAGCCCAGGAGAUGGAGGCUACAGUGAGCCAUGACCACGUUACUGCACUGCAGCCUGGGGGACAGAGUGAGACCCUGUCUUAUUCUCCUAUGAGACUCUUAAUGGGUGGUUUACUUUCAUUUUUUCAUUACUUUUAAAAAAAUUUCUUAGUUAUUGGUUCUCAUGUUUUUAUUCUCACACCAUAAAUAUUGUAAGUUGUUUAUUUCUUAUGAUUGUCAAUAUCUCUCUGAAUCUAAUGAGACAAAUCACAAAGUAAUUUUAAACAAGGAAAGUUUAAUAUAAAGAAUUAUGAAGCUAUGAUAUGUUAGUAACUAUAAAAGUGUAAAGAGAACUAUAACAAACAUACUAGGCCUGAAGGAGGAGAAUAUUUAAGGAAGGAACAGCUUGGAAGAGGGUCCUUCCCCAAAGUCGGAGUUCAGACCUUGUUAGAGAAGGUAUAGUCUGCUGGGGCCAGAGUUGGUCUGAUGUUGCUAGGUAAGCAGGAAACAAUCUUCUGGGGUCACAGUCAAGCUGAGGCUCCUGGAUGGGCUUGCAAAGGUAGUUACAGUGCCAUUGACUGGUGGCAUAUUCUAGAACAUGAACUGUUGUGUUGGGAGAGCCUCAGAAAGAUGAUCAAGACAGGGAUCCAAUGGACAAAAGGAUGGAAAUGGGAAAAUUGGAAGGGGUUGAUGGUAUUGGGUGGACCAGAAAUAAGCUGGGACAUUUUGAAUGAGUUUUGAGAAAAGAAAGUGCAAUAUUUUUCUCUCUCUUCUAGUCUUCAUGUAUUUAAAAUACAUGUAAAUGUAAAUGUUUUUUCCAUUAAUAUCUUUUCAUCUUGAUUGCUUUAACUGAAGCUUUUAUUAUCUCUAUUCUAAGGGAGUGUAUAAUUCUCCUAAUUUAUCUUGCCUUCAGAAUCCUCCUCUCCCAAUCUAGUGUCAUUUUUAUAAAACAAAGUCUGAUAUGAUACUUACUGCUUUAAAAUGUCUUAGUGAUCCCCCACUGCAGAAUAAUGUGACUUUGAAGGGUCAUAUCUCUGCCUAUAUUCUGUUAGUUUCUUUUCAUCCCACUGUCCCAUAGUCAUCCUAGGAACCUUAUUCAAUUUUCCGAAGAUUUUCAAGCAUCAUUUUCUUCUUUGCAUAUUUUGUCCUUCUCUUCUCCCUUAACUUUGCAUCUGGAAAUAUCUAUCAGUCUUCUAAAACUUAUAUGCCACCUAGGGUUUCUUUGUUUGCCCAAACCUUCCUCACUGCUAACUGACCAUUUUCACUUUGAACAUGCUUUCAUUUGUUUAUGUAUCUCUCAUCCCGCUUUGUACUGAGUUUUGUUUUCUAUUCAUUUCUUUUGUCUUGGAAUUUACACAGCACAUAGUGGGUGCUUAAUAAAUGUUUGUUAUCUGAACAAAUAAACCUGCAUUCUUGGCUUUGAUAUUCUUUUACUCAGAUAAGAUGAGCGUCUACCCUAACUUAAAAAGAUAGGGAUCAGAAUGAUACAUACAAGAGAGUUAUUUGGGCCCUGUGUUUUAUGCCUGUAAAAGAAAUAAAGCCUUAUUUCUGUAAUUUCUUCAUUUUCCUAAUGUUUAGAUAUUUCUGCAUGAUAGAUAAAGCAAGUUAGAGAUAAGGAAAGUAAGGUGAAAAUGAGCCGACUGCUUAAAUGAAUGAUGGAGUUGGAAUAAAAACCACUUCAUUUUGGAUUGUCUUCCUUUGUCCUCACUACUAUUACAAGAUCACUUAGAUAAAUAUUUAUUUAUUGAGCCCCUACUAUGUAACAAACAUUGUGUUAGACCUGUGCUUCUAAGUUUUUCCCACCUCUAGGAUUCUCUGAUUAAUUAGUAAGAUUUAAGUCUCAAACAAAACUUACUUCAUAAAAUUGUUCUAAAGUAGGUGAUUGUGUUACAUAUUUGGCGUUACUAUAAAAUUACUAUAAAAUUAACACAUAUUAAAGUACAAUAAAAUCCCUGAAGGCACCAAAAAUGUAUCUUGGGUGUGCAUAUGUACAUAUAUGUAAAUAUUUAUAAUUUUAAUAAUUUGUGCAUAACUAUAAUAAGGGGGAUGAUGCCCCCUGUUUGAACUCCUGUCCCUGGAAACAUUCAUCAUUCUAAUUCCUAAGAAGCACUUAAAAUUAUAGUACAAGGAGAUAAUACCAUCUCUGGCCAAGUUUACUUUCUGGCCUAGAUGAGCCUUUUGCAGUCAGUUGACUCUGCUUUUCUGUAGCAUUAAGGAAAGUUGGUUUAUAAAAAGUUUUAGCAUAAAGGUUAAUGCCCUGAUUUAUUUUCAAAAGUGGUUAGCUAUAGUUGAUGCAGAUAGCCACUAGAAUGUUUUCAUAUAAACAUCUUCCAUUUUAAAAUGUUAAUAAAAUAUACCUUAAUUAUUCAGUUGCAUUAGAUACAUGUUAUUCAGUAAUAUACCUGAACCAGAGGCUUAGGGAUUUCAGAUGUUCAGUUUUUCAAGGAAUACAAAAUAUGCUCAUUUGUUCAAGGAAUACAAAAUAUGCAUGUUUUAAAAUGCAGUACAUCAUGCUUCUGGCCCAGUGUUUACCCAUGUAAUUUUGUGAUUCCAUAGCUAAAAUAAAACAGCUGAAAGAGAACCCUUAUGUUAUCAAGCACUAUGUCAUACCUUGCUGAGUUUGCAAAAAUGUAAAACACACUAUGUAACUUUUAUCUUCAGGAAGUUUAUAUAUAACCUAGUAAAUAAGAUUCAAUACACAUAAAACCUUUAAUGUACAAUUAAGUGAUAAAGUAUUAAGACUAUAAGUGUUCUGGGAGUUAAAUAAUUUUAAAACAGAUUUUAGAGAUAAUCUAAUUAAAUAUCUCAUUUUAUUGAUGAGGAAACAAAAGUUUGGACUAGCUGUUUAAAUCAAAAGUCUGCCCAGAGUUACACUACUGGAUAAUGUCAUAACCAGACUAAGAACCCAGGUUUCCUGACUUUGACCUGGUACUCUUUCCAUUUGUAAAUACCCAUAAGUCUGUGUGGAAUGGGCUUGAUUUGAGGCAUAUAGAAGAAAUGAGACAUUACUGGUAGGUGGUGGUGAGAAGAGCUGUUCCAUAAUGGAAGGAACAAAAGGAAGCUUAGAAGAUCUGGCACAGAGCAUAGGGAGUGGCCUAAUAAGAGUAGAAGGUACACAGUAGGAAUUAAUUUCAGUUAGUAACCUGGGCCUGGAUUGAAGAGGUCCUUGCAAAUCAGGUAGUUUUUUAUGGAGUAGGCACCUCAAUGCUUUUGUAGAUUUCUUGAGCAGAAUGACUUGAUAAAAAUUAUAUUGGUUUUAUCAACUUUGAAAGUCAGUAUGAUGGUAACCAUGAAGGAUUGAAGUAAUAUUGAGGGAGGAAAAUAGUAUUAAUGACUAGUGAAAGAAGUUUUAUCGAUCUCACAUGGUUUCUGUAAGACCAAUAGAUGUAUUCAUUACUAUAAUAACACGUAGAAAAAGGACAGACAUUUCUAUGUGGUCCUUAGUUCUCUCUUUUUUUAAUCCAGCAUGUCAGUCCUUUUAUAUUUGCCCCCAAUUAUGUAUUUACAUUUUCUUUAUUUUUCUUAACUAUGUAUCUGACCUUUAUUUUCUUUUUUCUGAAGGUUUUGAUUAAAAUGAGCUUUACAAUAUGUUGAAUUGAUUUGGUCUUCUUUUUCUUAUGAUCCUCUUAUUCAGUGACUAUUUUCUUCAAAUAUUUGUUUCCAUGACUUUUGUUACUUUUAUAGACAUAUUUUUAGUAGGUGCAAUUUCCUCUCUACCCAGCCUUUCUGGGUUGAUAAUAUUGGUUUACAUUGACUCCUAGGGUACAAUCUCAUCAAUUAUGUAGGUGUAGAGUUAAGAUAUAAUGACCACCAAGCCGAAAAAAGCAACAUCAACUUUUACUGCAGUAGCAGUGGAGUUGUUAUUUACCAAAAGAAAGCAGAUUCAGCAGAGAUCUGUUGGAAUGCCCAUGUUAUGCCCUAUUAAUCUAAAACAGUUACAUGAUAAUUCUCUAAGGUUGAGCUGUUUUUAAUAAUAUGUAUGAAAAAACAUUUUAUGGGCUUUUAGCCAGAAGAGUUUAUAUAUAAAGAUACAUUGUUAAAUUCUUGAAUCUUGGAGGCAAUGUGAUAUAAUCGACAUUGGGGCUCUGAAAUCAGCUUUGAAUUCUGACUUGUUAACUUAUUAACUUUGUGACUGUGGGCAAGUUACUUGACCUCUCUGGGCCUUAACUUUUUGCAGUUGAGAAUAAUAUAACUUCCUGACAAGAAUUUUAAAAGAAUAGAAGGCAGUUAUACAAAAUGUCUGAUAAAAGUUUUGGCACAUACAGGUUUCUUCCCAAAGAUGAAAAAGUCCUACUGCUAAGUAUAGAAAGGGAGAUACAAGUAAAGUUUCUUCAUUAUUUGUUAGAGUUUUGUGCCCAUAGCUCCUUACAUUGUCUUAACUUAUGUGAUCUACAGUGAUCUAAACUAGGAUGUGUAGUCUUAAGAAAGCAUAGAAUUUUUACUUUUUUGUUCGGCUUGAACAAAAAUGGUCAGUUGUGCUCUGAGGUCCUAGGUGUCUUCUAGAUAUAAGCAAGUGGGAAGGACAAGGACAAGAGGCAUUUAACAAAACCUCAGGUCCUACUUCUAGCAGAGCAGCUGUACUUUUCUGUUUUACCAUUUGUAUUUCGUGUAAGAUACUGAUUAAACAAAGGGGUCUGUGUAUUACAAAAAGGCUUGAAAAACCAAAAGCAGGGUCAAGCAUUCUAUUUCUUGGUUUACCUUUUUCUCGGAUUCCACCCUGCUUUUUCUCCUUGGUAUUUUAAAAUUUGUGGGAAUGGGUGGAGUUAGGAUGGGGUAGGGAGGAAUUGCAUUCUGUCUUAUUGCAUGGAUUUCUCAGAGAACACAACAUAACAAAAGGACAAUGGUCCUAUGCAAAGAGGGCAUUCCUGGUGGAAAAAUUCCUUGACCUCCUUAGCUCUCGUGUUGAGCUCUACCCACAAAGAACCAUGUUUGGAGCCUUCAUUACAGAUUUUCCAACUGUGAAAUAACAAAUCCAGACAUCUUGCCUCUGAUUACUUCCUCCUAUCUGACUACAUUAAGAUCUCUUUAUUAGACCCUUACUAUUUGCAUUAUCUUAUCUAUCAUAGACUCCAAUCACUUUACUCUCAUUUCAGUGUCUGCAAAAUCUUUUCCCAUUAGUCAUCUUUAUAUCAACCGACAAGUAUUAUGACCCUGGAUAAAUCUUACCUGACUUUACUGCCAUCAAGCACUUUUGGAGAAAAUAACACAUUGGGUUAAUGAUUACCUAUAAUUUCCUGAGGUGUGGGUUCCACCCUUUUUAAUCAUCUGAGGAAUUUUUCUUUCCUCCACCUUCUUCUCCCUGUAGGCUUUUCACUGUCAACAUUUAAACAUGUACAAAUAAAUCCAAGAAUCAAAUGAAAGUAACAAAUUAAUCAACUUGUUGUUUCAGCUGCAACUCCCUUUCUCCCCCCACCAUCAAAUUUUUUAAACGAAUUGUUUAUUUUCAUGGUCUUUAGCCCAUUUCAGGAUAGCUUCUGCUCCCAUAAUCCAAACUGCUUUUGUAAAUUUGUUUCACUUCCCUACUUAGUACUUAACAGCUUUCUCAUUACCUUCUGAUAGUCUCAUAUCCCUGACGUUAUAUUUACACAAUUCUAUCUCUCCUUUCUAACUAUAAACACUUUUUUAAAUUUCAUGAAUAUAGUUAAUAAUCUUCUUCUCUGGGUUU